AUGUUCCGAUAGCGUGUUUGUUAAAAAAUGGAUAUAAGGAAAGCUGGAACGUAACAGAACUGUAAAUGUUACAAUUUCUUCAGAAAUAACUGGGCAACUAUUCAAUUUAAAUUCACUAGUAGUUUAAUAAACAUAGAAAUAACCUGACACUUUAAUAUCUUGUAUUUCUGGAUAGUUUUCGCUUGUUAUCAGUUGAAAAUGGACGAAUUUAAGGAAGGAUCCCUACAGAAUGUCGACGAGGCUGAGUUAGAGGAGAAAACUGUUGUAGAUGAAAUUAAAGAAGAGCAAGAAGAAGAAGAAGAAGAAGACGAGGAGGCAUUGCCCCACUCUGAAUUUCUGGACAUCUUUGAGGAAGGCCUGGCUCUGAUGGUGCAGGACCCCUUACUGUGCGACCUGCCAAUUCAGGUCACACUGGAGGAGGUGAACUCUCAGGUGGCUCUGGAAUAUGGUCAAGCCAUGACCGUUCGUGUUUGUAAGGCUGAUGGAGAAGUCAUGCCUAUUGUGGUUGUGCAGUCUGCUACGGUUCUGGAUCUCAAGAAAGCCAUUCGCAGAUAUAUGGAGCUGAAACAACAGCGAGAGGGGGGUGUCAAACACAUCAGCUGGAAAUAUGUGUGGAGGACAUUUCAUCUGGUCUUCAAUGGAGAAAAAUUAGAAGAGGACAAAAAAAAGCUUAAGGACUACGGGAUCAGGAACAGAGACGAAGUGACGUUUUUGAAGAAACUGAGGAUGAAAUGAACAGAGACAAUUGCCACUUUUCUUUAAUAGGCCACUUUUGUAAAUAGAUAUUUAAAGGAAUUGUUCACACAGAAAUGAAAACCCCCUCAUGGCGUUCUGUUCCAAACACUGUUCACGGCUAUUCUUCUGUGGAACAACAACUCUGUUUUUUCUUUUCUUUUCUAUUUAGCCUUUUUAAACUGUUAUUUUCCAUACAAUAACAACAUUUCAGUGACCACAGAAUUGGAACGGGGCAGCUGUGGUCACCAUGAACUCUUUUUUUAAAAAUGCUUCGGGAAGACUUUGUUUAUUUCCUAAUCCUGUGAAGAUGGACACUUGUUAAAGCAAUUAUUGUAACCAGUAACUCAAAUAGUUAUUUUUAGAAUACACUCUAUAGAGGCUCUGUUAAAUUUGCUGAGACAGAAACCCAAACCAUCAUAUUUGCAAGCAUAACACCUAGUUACUAAAAUGUAUCUAUACAUCCACAAAACAGCUGAUUCACUGGAAGUACAUGUCUCCUAAAGUGCUUUAAAGUCAAAUUUGUGUGUUUUUAUGUUUCUUUUAUAUCGAUCCAAAUAAUUAUUAAACCUGAACAUGGUGAAAAUG